AUGACGACUAUCAACCCAAACUUACACCCGCUCUUUGCUUUUCCACAUCCAGAAAGUGAUUUCAGUGAGCCAUCUGAGAGUGAGUAUGAAGAAUUCACAGUCAAGAAACCCACAAAGACCAAAAAGAAGGACAAAGUCUCCACCAAAGACAGAAUCAAACCAGAUCCCACUUCUGAAAAAGACAAACAACCGUUGAAACCAUCAAAGACGAAGCCUGAAGCAGCAGGUUGGUUUCAACAGCUGACGCUUUCCAUCCUCUUGACUUUUGUUACUAAGACUUUAAAAAAUAUUUUAGCUGCUUCCAAACCGGUAAAAAGUCUUCCAACAUCCAAACCGACACCCACCAGACCCCCUUCCACAAAGCCUUCAUCCUUUCUGAGCCCAGCAGUGGGGAGAGUACCCAAGUGGAACCCACCAGGUCCAGCUUCAGUGAGAAUCAAUACAUUUACUUUUUCGUCAGGAUUACCUUUCCCAGCUCGGAUUAUUUGCCUACUGAAUAUAUUUUCCCAAAGAGCUUGGAUCGUCCGGUACAGUCCACUGGUGAAGUCACCCAGCCAGGGGCUGCGACUUGGACUGUCCCGCCUAGUCCGAGUCAAACCGCUCCAUCCCAGCAUUGCGAGUCACUAACCCAUUAGGGGCCAGCGCCUCAUGUGGACCAGGGACGGCCAUUUUCUCUUAACACAAUUUUUAGAGAACAUUCUAAAAAUCGUUUUUGUCUUCCGGUUAUUUAUGACACAAGUCUCCAACUUGAACUAAAAUUGAAGAGCUUCAGGGAGGGGCUGCUAGGUCGUCCACACAGUCCGGUCCUCAGGAGUUCAUCCUCUAUUCUUUGUGUGAAUCAAACAAAACUAAAAUCUGUUUCUCUUUUAAUACAAAUGUGUUUGCCUGUAAUUUUCAUAUCCUUAUAAAUUCUUCUGUUUUUCUUUGUACUUAUUGUUCAGCAAACUUUGUAUAUUAUGUACAUACAUCUCAAAUAAAAUUGGAAAAAAAGGAGUUGUUUGGAAU